ACCCUUCGUCCCCACCCUUCUACCUCCACUGUCCAACAACAAAAACCAGAUCCAUUUUCUGACUCUCUCCACGUUCCCCCCUCUUCUUUAUUUAACUCAAACACACCCACUUCGCUUUUUUCUCUCUUCCCUAUUCAACUCUAACCCCUUUUCACAACUAAACCCCUAUUUUCUCAAACCCUAAUUAAAUCGCCAUAGAUCCUCAUCGUUCUUAUCGAAUUUCUCAUUAAUCUCAACACGAAGUUUUCUCCUUAAUACCGUUGACUGCACAAAGCUUUAUCAAAUCAAAUACCCAUUAAAAAAGUUUUGUUCCGUUUUUGUUUUCUGGGCCAUCUUUUUUUUUUUUUUUUGUCUCUGAUUGGGUUAUAGGAAUGUUGGGUACUGGAUUGAACUUUUCGCGCGGUCGUGGAGAAGAUCGGUUUUAUAAUCCGCCGCAGGUUCGUCGGUCUUUACAGACAGCGGAGAAUGAUAGGAUUCGUAGAGCUCACAGCGAUGUGGCAUCGAGUCGGUCGUCGCCGGCGGUGGUUAGAGAGAAACCGGUGGAUUCGGUUGACAAGAAACGUGAUAACCGGGUCGGGUCUGAAGAGACCAAGAAAGUAGUUGCAGUGCCUUCAUGUGAACCGGAUGUGAAGCGGUUGAGUAACUUGGAACGGUUCUUGCAAUCAAUUACGCCUUCUGUGUCUGCCCAGCAUCUCUCCAAGAGGACCGCGAGAAGCUUUAGGAUGGGCAAUGAUGAGGUUCCACCUUACUUUGUACUUGGUGAUUUGUGGGAAUCAUUCAGGGAGUGGAGUGCUUACGGUGCUGGAGUGCCUCUUGUACUAAAUGACAAAGAUAGUGUUGUUCAAUACUACGUCCCUUAUCUUUCUGGAAUUCAAAUUUAUGUCCAGACUGUCAAUCCAUCUGUGAAGUCAAGGCAAUUAGGCGACGACAGUGACAGUGAUUUCCGGGAUUCAAGUAGUGAUGGCAGCAGUGAUUGUGAACCCGUUAGAGGAUUGAAAUAUGGUAGGGAACAGAGGAAUCUUCCCCGUCUCUCGGAUGAUGUAUCUAAUUGGAUGGAUGGAUUAUCUUUGAGAAAUCAGCAUACUCUCCCGCAAGACGGCUUUUCUAGUGAUGAUGGUGAAUCUGUCAAUUCUCAGGGCUACUUGCUAUUUGAGUAUCUUGAACGCGACCCUCCUUAUGGCCGUGAACCUUUGGUUGAUAAGAUAAUGGACCUUGCUUUUCGUUUCCCUCAACUGCUGACACUUAGAAGUUGUGAUAUACUACCCUCCAGUUGGAUAUCUGUAGCAUGGUAUCCAAUUUACAGAAUCCCAAUGGGCCCAACAUUAAAAGAUCUUGACGCGUGCUUUCUGUCGUACCAUUCUCUUUAUACACCUAUGGGAGGUUCACAAAGAGUGCAGGCUCCUGUACCAUCAUAUCCUACUGAGAUGGACAAUGUCCCAAAAAUGUCUUUACCUGUUUUUGGUCUUGCUUCAUACAAGUUCAAGGGACCUCUGUGGACUCCAAGCGGUGGAUACGAGCGCCAAUUAUCCACCUCUCUUUUACAGAAUGCUGAUAAGUGGUUAAGACUGCUUCAGGUCAGUCACCCAGAUUUCCUGUUUUUCAGCCGUUGACGGGUG